GUUGCAUGUUUUGUUCCACCACGGACUGAGAAAGAGACGGCAUAAUCGGAAGACAGGUUCACGAGCCGAUCUGGAUGCGUUUAAGUGACUUUCAUGGACUGCAAAGACUUUAAGGACACUCUCAUGACUGGCAGUGCAACGAGUUUUCACGGCGUUAGCCUGGAGUUAGCCUGACGUUACCUUGAAGUGAGCUUGGCAUGAACCUGGCGUGUGAAGAUGAAAUCGCAAUCGAAGCAGGAUCAGUGAGUGCUGAUUGGUCUGUGACUUUUGAAAACCCAAAUCCUUGUGCUGUGAAGGGAUCAUCGGUGGAGUUCAGGUGCUCGUACAACUAUCCAGACAGGGAAAUUGCUAGAAAAAUUGCAUGGUACAAGGGACAAUUCAUUGAUGGCGACUGGAAACGUAUUGCCCUUUCAGACAUUCCGUCAUAUCAGAAUCGUUCUGAAUAUCUCGGUGACCUGCAGCACAACUGUAGCCUGGAAAUUCAAGACCUGCAGGAUGACGACGCUGGAUAUUACUACUUUAGGUUUGACACAGAUAAAUAUGGAAGGCGUAGUAAAGAAUCUGUGUAUCUGACUGUUACAGAGCUGAAAGCCAGAGUGAAUCCAAAGAGAGUGAGAGCAGGAGACACCGUGACUCUUGAAUGUGGAGCAUCCUGUCCACUUUCCACCACAGUCUGGUUCAAAGAUGGACAUCCAGUGUCAAAACCAAAUUUCACGGCUCAGGCAGAGGAUGCUGGGAAUUAUUUCUGUGCUGUUGAAGGACAGGAGUCAGUGCAGUCAGACCCUGUGACUCUGGAUGUUCAGUACUCUCCAUUGAACGUGUCUGUUGAGGUGAGUCAUGCUGGCCUCCUGACGGUGGGCAGCAGCGUCAAUCUGACCUGCAGCAGUGCAGCCAACCCUGCUGCAGACAGCUACACCUGGUACAGGAGUACUGGAUCCAGCUCCGUGCUCCAGGUGGGGUCAGGACAGGUGCUGUGUCUUCCCUCCGUGGAUUUGUCCCAUUCUGGACUCUACAUCUGUCAGAGCAGGAACCGUCUGGGAGAAAACAACUCCACUCAGGUGCUGCUGACAGUGACAGAAACAGACAUUUACCGUCUCAUCCUCCUUGUUGGUAUCGGAGUAAAGGUGGUUUUUCUGCUGUUGCUUCCACUGUUUAUAAUCCAGGCUUGGAGGCGAUGGCGUAAUUCUACUGCAGACACAGAGAGUCAUGAUUAUGAAAAUGUCUGAAAGACAAGCAAAAGGGAGAAAUAUGCAAGAAGAAGGAAACUAGAGAAGCAUGAAGACCUUCCAUCACAAUAGAUCGGUGACUUGGCACACUGGCAAUAGAAGAUCUGUGGUUUGUUUGCAGCUGGAAGCUUAACUGGGUUCAAUGAAAAACAGUUGCAGUUAAGCUGCAGGUUUGCCAUUGUUAAGAUAAGAUAAGAUAAGAUAAAGUUCUUUAUUUCUCCCCACUCCAGGGGAAAUUUACAUUGUUACAGCAGCUUUAUUUACAAUAUAUACAAGGGUGGCAAAAUUUUUUAACAGAAAAAAUAAAAAUAAAAAUAAAGUUUAAAAGUGCAGAGAUGUGCAGUGCAAGAAUGUCAGUGCAAAUUUUAUGGUUUGGGGUGGUAAUGAUAUAGUCCAGUUUAUGUUAACAUCAGCCAGUGAUGCUGAUGUUGUAAAGUCUUAUAGCAGAUGGGAUGAAGGACCUGCGAUAGCGCUCUUUCUUGCAGGGUGGAUGUCUCAGUCUGCUGCUGAAGGAGCUGCUUAAAGACCCCACAGUGUCAUGCAGUGGGUGAGAGGGAUUGUCCAUGAUGGAUGUGAGCUUUGACAACAUCCUCCUCUCACCCACCUCCUCUAUGGAGUCCAGGGAACAGUCCAGGACAGAACCAGCCCUCCUGACCAGUCUGUUUAGUCUCUUUCUGUCCCUUUCAGUGCUCCCUGCUCCCCAGCAGACCACUGCAUAGAAAAGAGCAGAUGCUACCACAGAGUCAUAAAAUGUCCUGAGCAGAGUCCUGUUAUGCUCCAUCCUUAAGUUUCUCUGUAUCGCUGGAGAAAGAAUGGUCAGGGACAGUAAGAGAAAAUGACUGAUGUUUAUUUCACAGAUUAAACAUCCAGAAGUAAUUAUUAGAAAAUGGUUCCUUCUAGUAAGUGAUUCGCUGCUGUUGCUGACUGCAUCCAGAAUUCCUGAGUUUAACCCAGGAUAUGCUGCCCUCUUGAGUCUAAAAUACGCAUGUGCAAGCUUUUAAUGGCUGUGUUGAGAAGGCCUGUUAAGAUUUCUAUUUCAGAAUAUUCAGUGUUGUUAAUGGUAACGGAAAUAACAUUUGGAACAAAUGCUGGCAGCUGCUAAUAAUUGUAUAAAUUCUGUUUUUAUAUGGCAUAUUGUCAUGAUCUCUAGACUGUCAGCAGUAUUGUUUUGGUUAUUUUUGUGUUUUUAUGCCACUAUCAGGUUUUGAUAUGCAAUAAACAGUCUUAUGUACAAAUUAA